AUGAAGGAGUUUAAGUCUCAACUUCUCUGCGCUGCCGCCCUCGCUCAUAGCGCCUCAGCCCAGCUUUACAACCAAGUAAUUCACACCAACUAUGGACCUGUUCAAGGCAUUCCAGCCUUUAAUUCAUCUCCCAAUGGCAACAUUUCGAACUGGAAGGAUAUUACUGUAUGGAAGGGAAUUCCAUACGGUGCCGACACAUCUGGCGAAAACCGCUGGACAGCUCCCAAAAACGCAACUCCAUGGAAAACUACCUUUCAAGCGAACAAAAUGGGACCCCUUUGUGGACCAGCCAAUCCAGCUACACCCGACGGUACUGUUAGCGAAGACUGCUUGAACCUGAACAUCUGGACAAAUGGCAAAUCUACAAAUGCCAAGUUACCAGUUAUUCUCUGGUCUUUCCCUGCAGGAGGUGCUGCCGAUCAACCUUUAUUUGAUGGUGCAGGAAUGGCAUCUCAAGGCAUUGUUUUCGUCAAUUACAAUUAUCGAAUCAGUGCACUUGGUUGGCUUUCAACUCCCGAGCUUUCGGAAGAAAUGUACAAAGCUACUGGAUCUAACAGCUCUGGAAACUGGGGUCAACUUGAUCAAUUCCACGCUUUGAAGUGGGUACAUGCAAAUAUUGCGGCGUUUGGUGGUGAUCCUGAUCAUAUUACCGUCAUGGGUCAAUCCGCCGGUUCAGCUGCUGUCUAUCACUUCGUGAAUAGUCCUUUGACAAAAGGACUCAUCGUUGGCGCCAUCGCCGAAUCAGGAACUCGUGAUCCAUACGAUCCUGAAUCUCUUACCCUUGCCGAAAACUACCGCAAUCAAUCCUACGCUCUCGAAUCCGGCUUAAAAUACAUGGCUUCCAAAAACGUCAGCACCAUCGCCGAAAUGCGAGCUCUUCCUCUCGCUGAUCUAGAAGAACCACUCUUCGGAUCCACUUUCUCAGAUAACUUUGGAAAUGUCCUCGAUGGCUACGCUAUCCCCGCUAAAUAUAUCGAAACACUUGCGACUGGCCCUGCAAACGAUGUUCCUUACAUUACGGGAAAUACUCGAGAUGAAUCCGGAGCAGCCACAAGCACCAAUCUAACAGUCACCGAAUACGAAGCUGCAAUUGAAGCGCAAUACGGCCCCUACAAUCUCACCACCACCAUACUCAACCUCUAUCCCGGUGCAAAUUCCUCCCAAGCCUCCAUGUCCUACAACGCGCACUGGCGCGACACAUCUCGCAUCUCCAGCUGGAGCUUCGCAAACCGGUGGUCUGUAAAAUCCAAAUCGCCAAUCUGGACGUAUUACUGGAAUCAUGCUCCUCCGGGACAAACGCAAGGCGCAUAUCACGAAUCAGAAAUUAAUUAUGUUCUUAACAAUCUGUAUGGGACGGAUAAACCAUGGGAAUCGAUUGAUUAUGAAAUUGCGCUGAAGAUGAAUGGAUAUUGGGCGAAUUUUGCUAAGACGGGGAAUCCUAAUGCGGGUGGUUCUUAUAAGGGGGUUGGGGCGCUGCCGACGUGGAAUGUGAAUUCGGAGAUGGAUAUGCUGACGUUGGAGGUGGGGGAUGGGUUUGCUGAGGUGCCGAUUGGGAGUGUGGAGCAGAUUGAGGCUAUUACGGAGUAUUUUUCUUUUCAGAAUCCGGUUUAG